GACAGCUAAACGCACGCGCAACCAGUCCGCACGCGCGUCAUCCGCAUGUAAACGAAUACGCGUUCCAUUUUCAUAUGAUUUCGUUUUUAAAUGAAAACUUUUGUGCCAGUGUUUGUUGAUAUUGCAUGGAGUUUGUUAGUUGUUAUCAUAUCGCUCUGGCUCUUUAAAAAAAAUAUUUUUGGUAAUUUGAAAAAAGAAUUGUAGACAAAGAAAAAUGCGUUGAAAUAAAAAAAAAAAGUUUUCAACUUUAGAUUGAAGGGGAUUGGAUGAAGAAGUUUGAUGGAAAAACUUUUUCAAAUAGGAAAAUGCCACUCGGUUCAAUCUUCCUGGCAACGCUGGUCAUCUUCCUGGCAACACGUGUGUCGGCGGGGACCUUUGCACCUUCACCGGACAUUGGGUAUCCCGCUGGACUUAUACCAGAAUGUCCCGGCGUCCUGAAGAACGCCAGCAUCAGCUCGAAGAUGCUGCAGAAUCUCCAAGUGAUAGUGCACCAGAAAUCCCUACUGGGUACCUCCAGGAAGUCGCUCCCGAUUCCAGUCGCCGCUAAGAUGGUAGCUGCAGAUAAGAAAAUAGAUGUAAAGAACAAGAAGACAGUUCUGUACGCGGUGGGCUACCUGGAUAGUUCUAUUCUGCCUCACAGCCAAGCUCUGGCGAAUAUAUACCUGAAGAGAGGAUAUAAUGUCUUCGUCACUGAAACCUUUAGCUUUCUCACUUAUAUUUAUCCCAAAUCAGUACGAUUGACAAGAGCGAUUGGCAAGAAGCUCGGCGAAUUUCUCGUGAAGCUGACGAAGCAAGGUUUAGAAUCGGAAAAUUUGGAACUUGUAGGCCUAAGUCUCGGCGCUCAUAUAGUCGGAUACGCUGCUAAACAUUUCUAUAAAGCCACAGGGAAAAAACCUUCUAGAAUCACUGGGUUAGACCCAGCUGGACCUUGUUUUAGGGCUUUACCGCCGGAAUUUAGGUUAGAUGCCUCUGAUGGGGAAAAAGUAGAUGUUGUCCACACAAAUAUAGAUGGUUUUGGCAUAGCCGAGAGGUUGGGACACGUAGAUUUCUAUGUAAAUGGCGGAGAAUUCCAACCAGGUGAUAUAACUUAUGUUCCAUGUCUCGUUAUCUGCAGCCAUCUUAAGUCGUUGUUGUAUUGGUGGCAAGCAUUGGAACAUCCAAAAAUGUUUAUUGCAGUCCAGUGUGAUUCAGUACAGGAUGCUAGGCUAGCGAAUUGUUUUAACAGUAGUCAGAUUAAUUAUUUAGGUGUUGAAACGAAGUUUUCUAGGCCCGGUAUCUAUUAUUUGGGGACGAAUAAUGGUUUUCCGUAUUUCAGGGGUAAAGAGGGGUUGAAAAAGGAAAAUGAAAUUUAUACUUCUGUUAUUAGAAGUAUUAAUGCAGAUGAUUUACUUGAAGUUUAACAAAUUUGUGACAACACUGUAUUUGCAUUAUAUCUUGCUGAUAAAGUAUCAGAUAGAUUAAAAGUAACGCACCAAAUAUAGUCUAUAUCGAACAGAUAUAGUGUUAAAAUUGGGCUAAACACAUCAGGCAGAUUUAUGUAGAAGUCAGUUUAUCUGUCAGAUUACAAUACGAUAUUGUAUCAGAAAGUGGUGAAAAUGGCCCUUAGUGUAAUAAAAUUAUUUAUAAAA